AUGGAUGGGCUGCUCGACAUUCAUCUGGCCGACUUCAAGGCAUGGGAGGCCAGCUCGUCCAGGCGGCUGCUCAAGGCAGAUGACUCCGCCACGACGGCAAAGGAAAGCAUCAAGGCCAUGCACAUGCGAGCCCACGUCGGUGACCUGCGCUUCGCCGGAGAUGGCAUUGCCAACAAGGGCCUGCUGAUACGGCGCCUGGUCGUGCCCGGGAAAGAGCGUGAGGGCGUCGAGACAAUGAAGUGGUUGGCAUCCCAAGUUUCCAAGGAUCGUUUCAUCAACGUCACGGAGCAGUACCGCCCUGAGGCUCACGUGGGGAAGAAGAGGCGCAAGUCGAGCAACUGCGGCGACGGAGAGGUGCGAUGCGGCGACCUGGACCGUGCCGUGACGGGCGGAGAGAGGUCUCUGUGGUCCAACAAGCCGCAAAUGAGUCUGGACUUUGGAGAUUCGACGAACCGCCCAAGCACGACGGGUUCGCCAUCUAGUUAG